GGCGGCAAAUUGUGAGGAGCCGCUGCCACUUUCAUGCUACCUGCCGGCUGCUCGCGCCGGCUGUUGGCCGAACUGCGUGACGCCCUGGACGCCUGCGCCGAGCGACAGCGGCAGUUGGAGCGGAGCCUGCGCGUCUCCCGGCGGCUGCUGCGGGUCUGGGAACCAGCCGAGCCUCCGGCUCCCGAGCCAACCCCAGGACCAAAAACUAAUGAAGAGGCGGGGUCUCCAGCACGCACACCCAGCCCCCAAGACCUCAAAGAGCUGGAGCUUCUGACCCAGGCACUGGAGAAGGCUGUACAAGUGCGAAAAGGCCUCUCUAAGACUGGAGAAAGAGACAGGGCCUCCAGCCUGAAGUCUGGGUCCGUUGCCUCUCCUGCCACCACAGCCUCUGCCCCACUCCACACCUCAGGCCGGGGUGGCAGCCAAGCAUCAGAGACAAAACCCCCCAGGGGCAUUCGCCGGACCACCGUGCCUGCCAAGGGCUUCCCUGAGCACAGGCUUCUGUCAGUGGGGGAUCGGACCUGUAUGGGGAGAGGGGCCCGAGCUGCCAAGCCUGGACCAGGCCUCAGGGACCAACAAAUAGCCCCAUCAGCUGCUUCUCAGUCCCCAGAAGCUUUCACACUCAAGGAGAAGGGGAUUCUGCUGCAGCUGCCCAUGGCCUUCAGGAAGGCGGCUUCCCAGAACUCCCGCCUGUGGGCCCAGCUCAGCUCUACAGAGACCGGUGACUCCAUGGAUGCCGCUAUCACCGCCAAAACCCAGUUCCUCCACAAAAUGCAGUCAGGCUGGCCUGGCUCCGGGCUCAGUGCUGCAGAGGUGGAGAGAGAGGUGGGGCGCCUGCGGAAGGCCUGCUCACUGCUGAGACUGCGCAUGGGGGAAGAGCUCACAGCAGACCCCAAGGACUGGAUGCAGGAGUACCGCUGCCUGCUUACCCUGGAGGGGCUGCAGGCCAUUGCAGGACAGUGUCUCCACAGGCUGCAGGAGCUGCAUGCAGCAGUGAUGGGACAGCAGCUGGUGCCAUGGCCUGAGGGGAGACUCCCCAGUGCCCCAUCGUUCUGUGGAGGAGGAACAGACACCAUCUGGAGCCCCCAGUUGCUUCUCUAUUCCAGCACCCAGGAGCUGCAGACCCUGGCGUCCCUCAGGCUGUGGGUAGCCAUGCUGGACCAGCAGAUCCACCUGGAAAAGGUCCUGAUGGCUGAACUCCUCCCCCUGGUGAGCACACAGAAGCCUCGGGGGCCACGCUGGCUGGCACUGUGCCGUGCUGUGCACAGCCUGCUCUGUGAAGGAGGUGAGCAUUUCCUCACCAUCCUGCGAGACACACCUGCUAACUGAGCCCUUCGCAUGGCCAGCCCCCCCAG